AUGGUGCAAGGACCAUCAGAGCUCAUUGCCUUGUGCCUAGGCGUGGUUGGCCUCAUCGGGGCAGCGGCCGUCACCGGAAUGCCUAUGUGGAAGGUCACAGCCUUCAUCGGUGAGAACAUCAUCGUCAUGGAAACGCGCUGGGAAGGCUUGUGGAUGAACUGCUUCCGUCAGUCCAGCAUCCGCAUGCAGUGCAAGUCGUACGACUCCCUGCUCUUCCUCCCUCCAGACCUCCAAGCCGCCCGCGGGCUCAUGUGCUGCUCACUGGCACUGUCCGGCGUGGGCCUGCUGGUGGCGCUGGUGGGCCUGCGGAGCCUCUCCUGCUUGCCGGAUCAACCGCGUCUGAAAAGUGUCCUCCUGAUGGUGGCCGGUGUCAUGCAGCUACUGGCCUCCGUCUGCGUCUUCAUCCCCGUCUCCUGGACGGGCCACGUCAUCAUCCGCGACUUCUACAACCCGCUGCUGAUUGACGCGCAGCGCCACGAGCUCGGCGAUGCACUCUACGUCGGCUGGGUGACCGGCGCCUUCCUGUUUGCCUCGGGCCUGGUGUUUGUGUGCCGCUGGAACGCCGUGGCCGAGCAAGGCUCGUUCGAUGUGUACCCCGCCGGCAAGCCCACCCUCACGCGCUUUCACCCGCUGUCCAGCACCGUCAGCUCCGUAGGGCUUCAGCCACUGCUGUUGCAUCCGAGCAGCUUCCACAACCCCCAUACACCGUCAUCCAUUCACAGUGUGGCUAUUGUACCUCAAGGAGGAUACCCACUCACUCACCCCGCCCAGUACAACCACCAACUCGUUCCCACUGUGCCAAUGGUGUAUAAUGGGAACAUCAUGGUGUCUCACCCAUCGCAUGCAUUGAAUGCUGGACAGAUGACCCCGAGGGAAUCUCUCUACCACAGCCAGCAGUCGAUGCCAUACACAGCAAGUCAUGGGACGACACCCUAUGCUUCAUACAACUCCACCACUAGCUACCACCCCGUUCCGCAAAAUCCAGUCUUCGUAGGAUACAACUACUCCAGGGUGGGAUCCCCCAGUUCCACAACCAGCUCAGGGAUGCGAAUCUGAGGACCGUAUUUAGAACAUUCUGUUGCCUACGACUGACCUGUUGCUAAAAUGGAAUGGAAGUUUACAGGUUCUUUUUCCUCGGCACAGAAACACAGGUGAC